UAUUGCAGCUUUUGCUCCUUUCAUUUUCAGGAGACAAACGAACAGACUUUAUUUUCUGCAUUUUGAACAUUUUUUUUCUACCUCUGUCUCACUCUGUCUCCCGUACUUGUAAAAUUAUUCUUUCCAUGGCUUCCUCUCUCAUCCUCUGUUUCACUACUGUUUGAUCAAAUCUCCUAAAAAUCGAAAAGAAAAAGAAACUCUUUCUAAUGGGCGACAAAACCGAAUCAGAUGAUUUCACUUCCCAUAAACACCCAACUCUUCCUCAAGUCAUAGACGAACUAAAAGAGCUCUGGGCUAUGGUUUUACCAAUCACAGCUAUGAACUGUCUAGUCUACGUACGCGCCGUCGUCUCCGUUCUUUUCCUCGGACGGCUCGGUAGUCUCGAGCUAGCCGGAGGAGCUCUCUCAAUCGGGUUCACCAACAUCACAGGAUACUCUGUCCUCGUAGGACUCGCCUCGGGUCUUGAGCCAGUGUGUAGCCAAGCCUACGGAAGCAAAAACUGGGAUCUCCUCACGCUCUCUCUUCACCGUAUGGUCGUGAUUCUCUUAGUCGCCUCUGUGCCCAUUAGCCUCCUCUGGAUCAACCUCGGACCCAUCAUGCUCUUUAUGGGUCAAGACCCUGAGAUAACCGCUACAGCCGCUGAGUACUGUCUCUACGCUCUCCCUGACCUUUUGACCAAUACUCUGCUUCAGCCGUUACGUGUAUAUCUAAGGUCGCAGCGUGUGACGAAACCGAUGAUGUGGUGCACGUUAGCAGCUGUGGCGUUCCACGUGCCGUUGAACUAUUGGCUAGUGAUGGUGAAGCUAUGGGGUGUUCCUGGUGUGGCGAUUGCUUCCGUUGUGACGAAUUUGAUUAUGGUUGGGCUUUUGGUUGGAUAUGUUUGGCUGAGUGGAAAGUUGCAUAAAAGAGUGAAUGAGGGUGGUGGCUCUAUUACGGCGGUGGCUCAGUCUUCAUCUGUGAUGGAGUUGGUUGGAGGGUUGGGACCAUUGAUGAGAGUGGCGGUUCCAAGUUGUUUGGGGAUAUGUUUGGAGUGGUGGUGGUAUGAGAUUGUGACUGUGCUUGGUGGUUACUUGGAUAAUCCUAAGCUUGCGGUGGCUGCGACUGGGAUCUUGAUUCAGACUACCAGUCUUAUGUAUACCGUUCCUAUGGCUUUAGCUGGAUGUGUCUCUGCUCGGGUUGGUAACGAGCUAGGUGCAGGUAGACCGUACAAGGCAAGGCUAGCAGCGAACGUGGCUCUAGCUUGUGCAUUUGUGAUAGGAGCAUUGAAUGUGGUUUGGACCGUGGUACUAAAAGAGCGUUGGGCUGGGCUAUUCACGGGCUAUGAGCCACUCAAGGUGUUGGUUGCUUCUGUGAUGCCAAUUGUGGGGCUAUGCGAGCUAGGAAACUGCCCGCAAACCACAGGUUGCGGGAUUCUAAGAGGGACAGGUCGUCCUGCGGUUGGAGCACACGUGAAUCUCGGGUCGUUUUAUUUUGUGGGGACACCUGUGGCUGUUGGACUAGCAUUUUGGUUGAAAAUUGGGUUUAGUGGAUUGUGGUUUGGGUUGCUUUCGGCUCAAGCGGCUUGCGCCGUUUCGAUAUUGUAUGCGGUUUUGUCGAGGACGGAUUGGGAAGGGGAAGCGGUGAGAGCGAUGAGUCUGACGAGUUUGGAGAUGGGGAAAGUUGGGAAUGAUGAAGAGUCGUCGUUGUUGUUGUUGGAUGACCGUAAUGGGAAUGAUGAGAAGUUGGGUAGUGUUUUGUAAUUCAUUUGGAGAUUAACUGUGGGGUCAAAAUUCAGAACUUGUUCUGUGGGGGUGGUAUUUUGGUUUUUUUCAUUAGUGAUGAUGAGUGGUUGACUCGUUUGAUUUUAAUGUUUUGUUUCUGUCCGUUUCGGUUGUCUUUAGUGAGUUUUCUAAUUGAAAUCUUGGAAGCUAAA